AUGUCUGGUGACGUCGAAAAGAUGUACCGCAAGAUUUGGGUGCACGAUUACCACCGGGAUUUCCAACGUAUUUUGUGGCGAAGUUCACCCGAGGAGCCGGUGAAUCACUACAAGUUAAAAACUGUGACUUAUCGCACAGCAUGUGCACCAUUUCUUGCAGUGAGGGUAUUGGAAGAGCUUGCAAAAAAAUCUCAAGGCACUCAUCCUUUGGCAUCACAGCUAGUCGGCGAUUUAACUACCGAAGCGUUUAUUGGCGCCUUGGAUCGUUUCAUUUCAAGGCGUGGACAACCGGAAGAAAUUUGGUCUGAUAAUGCGACAAAUUUUGUUGGCGCUAAACGUAAACUUCAUGAAAUGUACCAGAUUCUGGAAGCUCAACAACGAAGUUCUGAAGUUGCAGAUUUUCUUUCUUUGAAUAGCAUUACUUGGCGUUUUAUACCACCCUCAUCCCCACAUUUUGGAGGGCUUUGGGAAAGCGGUGUGAAAUCGGUGAAAACACAUUUGAAACGAGUAAUUGGCGAAACAACUUUAACAUAUGAACGAUUUUACACGCUCUUGGCUCGUAUAGAAGCGCUGCUGAAUUCGCGACCACUGUGCCCUAGCAAUGAUGGAGAAAUUGAUGGCCUUACUCCUGCUCAUUUCUUGAUUGGGCAGCCAUUUACUGCGCGAGCAGAACCUACCGCCGACUCGGCUGCAAAUAUACAUCCGCUAAAGCAAUGGGAAAAGGUAAAACAAAUGGCGCAAGGUUUCUGGAACCGAUGGCACGCUGAGUAUCUCACGAGUCUUCAGCAACGGAAGAAGUGGCAAAACGAAAAGAACUUAAAACAGCACGACAUCGUUAACGUUCGCGAGCCUAAUAUACCUUAG